UUCAGUUGAUGGAUCCGAAUUUAACAAAAGUAUUGAGUGUGUUUUUGUUCCUUUGUUUGAAGAUCAUUUACCUGAAGGUGACGCAGGUGCUGUUUCCCACCUCCGACUUCAGACACCCGGUUACCACUCCGGCGCUGCUGUACAUCAGCCAGACUCUCUGCAAGUGUCCGGUGCGGUCGCUCCAGGACCUCACGUCGGGUCUGGUGCUCUGCUCUCUGGCAGUGGAGUACGUCUCGCUGUCCAAACGCUUCAUUCCUGAGCUCAUCAACUUCCUGACGGGGACGCUGCGCUUAGCAGUGAAGGACAAGUCUUCUCCAGGUCACGCGGCGGUGCCUCCGUUCAGGCCGACGGGGAAACACAGCGACCUGUUGGUGCUGACGGACCCAGAGUCCUGCGAGAGCUGGAGCGAGAAAGCGACACCACUGGCUGCUACGCAGCAGCUGGAGCUCAGCAGUGACCGGGACAGAGAUCAGCACAGGCUGACGUGUUUGUGUAUUUGCCUGGACCUGGUGAAGAGAUGCUGCCUGCUCUACAAAGACCUCACGUCCUUUACACACAUCUUUCAGCCAAUCAGAACGCUUCUGUCCGAGCAUCUUCCCACCCAAACAUUACCCAAAGCCCUUCAGGAGCGUCACGGUGAGAUCUUGGACGCCAUCAGCGUUGCUCCUGCGACUCGCAGUCGGCUAGUGUUUGAGAAGAAGAAGCCCAUCCCUCUGAAGCUGUUCACACCCAAGAUCGUUGAAAUCUUGGAUUACGGAAAGAAGCGUGGGAGCACCAGGGAGGAGAGAGAGAAGGAGCGACUGAAGCACAAGUACAAGAAGGAGUUCAAGGGAGCUCUGAGGGAGAUCAGGAAGGACUCGCGCUUCCUGGCCAGAGAGAAACUCAACGAGACCAUGAACAGGGAUUCGGAGAGGAAAAGGAAGGUGAGGGAACUCUUCGGCAACUUGGCCACACAAGAGGGAGAGUGGAAAGCUCUGAAGAGGAAGAAGAAGAACAAGUGAAGUCCAGAUUUCACUCUCCUCUGAUCCCCGUCAUCUGUGGCUUUUCAUACAGUCUUCUCCAAAUGACCUUUUUUAUAUAUAUAUAAAUAUAUGUAUGAAUUUACAUGAAUUUUCAAUGAUUUCCACUAUCGAAGACAUUUUAACGCUGGUUGACGGUGUGAUGUCACGAUAGCAUUUUCUGAUGUGCCGGUUUUUGACGUAAGAAAUGGAUUCUGUAGUUUCAAGUGUCGGUAAAUAAAACAGAAAAUAU